AUGACGACUUCGCUGCUUGUGCAUCCACGCUGGGCGGACACCUUGAUGUACGUUUAUGAAAAAAGCCCGAAUGAAAGCGGGCCGCCGAAUAAAAGCCAAACAAUGGAGGGACUGAGCGCUAAUUGCCCCGCGACCCACUGCAGGGACCUGAUGUCGCACCCCGCCCUGGGAAGGCACUCCGGCACCAUCGCGAGCCACCAAGGCUCCGUCUACUCGGAUAUUUCCUCGCCGGACAGCGCUCGCCAGUGCCCCGCCGCGCAGUCGUCCUCGGGCGCCUCGCUCGGCUACGGCUACCCGUUCGGGGGCCCCUACUACGGCUGUCGGCUGUCCCACUCGCACAAUGUCAACUUGCAGCAGAAGCCCUGCUCGUACCACCCCGCGGACAAAUACGCCGAGCCCAGCACGGCGCUACCCACCGAGGAGCUGUCGAGCCGGGCCAAAGAGUUCGCCUUCUACCCCAGCUUCGCCAGCUCCUACCAGGCCGUGCCCGGUUAUCUGGACGUGUCGGUAGUGCCCGGCAUCAGCGGCCACCCCGAGCCGCGACACGACGCUCUCAUUCCCAUGGAGGGUUACCAGCACUGGGCUCUCUCCAAUGGCUGGGAUGGGCAGGUGUACUGCUCCAAGGACCAGACGCAGUCCGGCCAUCUGUGGAAGUCGCCCUUUCCAGAUGUGGUGCCCCUGCCGCCGGAGGUGAGCAGUUACCGGCGCGGCCGUAAAAAGCGCGUCCCCUACACCAAGGUGCAGCUGAAGGAGCUGGAGAAGGAGUACGCGGCCAGCAAGUUCAUCACCAAAGACAAGAGAAGACGCAUCUCGGCCGCCACCAACCUAUCGGAGCGCCAAGUCACCAUCUGGUUCCAGAACCGGCGGGUUAAGGAGAAAAAAUUCGUCAGUAAAUCCAAGAGCAAUCACCUGCACACCACUUGA